AUGCAGGCUGUUCGAGGGCAUGUAAGGAUAGCAUUGAACGCAAGAGAAGAUAGAAGAAUACAGCAUUAUGUCGAGGGCUUGCGCACGUCUGAAAGGAUUUGUGUUGAUUGCAGGAGGGGGAUCGACGGGAGGAGGCUUCGGCUUCGGGUCUACAGGAGCAGCAGCAGGAGGAGGGUCGACGGGAGGAGGCUUCGGCUUCGGGUCUACAGGAGCAGCAGCAGGAGGGUCGACGGGAGGAGGCUUCGGGCUUCGGGGUCUACAGGAGCAGCAGCAGGAGGGUCGACGGGAGGAGGCUUCGGCUUCGGCUCUACAGGAGCAGCAGCAGGAGGAGGGUCGACGGGAGGAGGCUUCGGCUUCGGGUCUACAGGAGCAGCAGCAGGAGGAGGGUCGACGGGAGGAGGCUUCGGCUUCGGGUCUACAGGAGCAGCAGCAGGAGGAGGGUCGACGGGAGGAGGCUUCGGCUUCGGGUCUACAGGAGCAGCAGCAGGAGGGUCGACGGGAGGAGGCUUCGGCUUCGGGUCUACAGGAGCAGCAGGAGGAGGAGGGUCGACGGGAGGAGGCUUCGGCUUCGGGUCUACAGGAGCAGCAGGAGGAGGGUCUACAGGAGCAGCGGCACCCUCUGGAGGCUUCGGCUUCGGCUCGACAAGUUCUACAGGAGCUGCAUCGUUCGGACAAGCGUCGUCAGCAGCGGGCAGCUCCUCCUCCUUUGGCUUUGGGGCCUCUGCCUCCUCCUCUGCACCAACCUUGGGCUCCUCCUCGGCAUCGACAGCGGGGGCAUCAGCAGCAGGAGGGUUUGGCUUCGGGAAGCCUGCUGGUGCUUCGGCUGCUGCUCCUUCCUUCGGCGCCUCUUCUUCUUCUGCUGCACAGCGACGAGCGGAGCAGCAGCAGCAGCAGGUCCUGCACCCGCUGCAUCCUCAGGUUUCGGUUUCGGAAGUUCCAGCGCUUCCUCGACAGCCGCUGCAGCCUCCUCCUUCGGCUUUGGAGGAAGCGCCGCAGCCGCAUCCUCCUCCUCCCCUGCUACAGGAUCGAAUGACGGGACUUGAAGGACUAGCGAGCUCGCCCAAGUCUUCGCUGCAUGAUGGCGUGCAGAUCAGAGAGGAGGACGAGGUCCAGAAGAUCCUGCAGACGUGGCACAAGGACCUCGAAGAAUACUCGCACGAGUUCUCCCGGCAGGUGGAGCUGAUGACCGAGUGGGACAAGACGAUCUUCACCAACAACGAGGUCAUCUUCGGCCUCCAACAGCAGGUCUGA